AUGUCCAUCGGUAUUCCAGUUAAGAUCCUGCAUGAAGCAGAAGGCCAUGUAAUAACCUUAGAAACAGUUAGCGGCGAAGUAUAUCGUGGUAAACUGUCAGAAGCGGAAGAUAACAUGAAUUGUCAAAUGUAUUCAGUUAAUGUAACUUAUAGAGAUGGUCGUACAGCGUAUUUACAGCAAAUUUUUGUUCGAGGUAGCAAAGUAAGGUUUAUAGUUAUACCUGACAUGUUAAAGAACGCACCAAUGUUUAAGAAAACCAGUAAUAAAGCAGAAUUGGGUAAAUCAGCAAUCCUAAAGGCUCAA